CGCCACCCCCAGUGGCCUUGCCGCCUCCACAGCCUCCAAGUAUAAGACCAGGUAAACCUCACAGGGAAGGCACUGAGAAUGGAGACGCUCCAGGGGCUGCUGCUGUGGCUGCUGCUGAAUGUGGGUGGGGUGUGGGCAUCCAGGGGGCCACUACGGCCUCUCUGCCGGCCCAUCAAUGCCACCCUGGCUGCUGAGAACGAGGCCUGCCCGGUCUGCAUCACCUUCACCACCAGCAUCUGUGCCGGCUACUGCCCCAGCAUGGUUCGAGUGCUGCCAGCCAUCCUGCCACCUAUGCCCCAGCCAGUGUGCACCUACCACGAGCUGCGCUUUGCCUCCAUCCAGCUCCCCGGAUGCCCGCCUGGGGUGGACCCCACGGUCUCCUUCCCCGUGGCCCUCAGCUGUCGCUGCGGGCCCUGCCGCCUCAGCAGCUCCGACUGUGGGGGUCCCAGAGCCCAGCCCUUGGCCUGUGACGCCCCUCGCUCCCAGGCCUCCUGUUCCUCUAAGAAUCCCCCCCUACCCCAACUCCUGAAGCCAGCAGAUGCUUCUUUCCUCCCCUCCUAAUAAAGGCUUCUCAAA